AUGUCAUUGUAUUACACUUUAGUGUUUGCCAUUCUGGUGGUCGAGAUUUUCAUGUUCUCCAUCCUGGCCAUCCCAAUCCCCUCCAGAUACCGUAGACCCCUCACUCUACUUUUAUUAAAGCCGUUCAAGUCCUCCACAGUGCAAGUCGCGAUCAAAUGCAUACUCGGGUUCAUUCUUUUGCUCUUCGUUGAUUGCAUCAACAGAGUAUACAGUAUCGACAAAGAGCUGCAGUUAAGCACUACUUCUCCGAACAAUGGCACGGUCAUUGCUCAGGAUAGAGUUGAGGUACUCUCCAGAAAGUUUUUUGCACAAAGAAACAUGUACCUCACUGGCAUAACUUUGUUCUUGACGUUUGUCGUCGUCAGAACAUUUGGUUUAGUCAUCGAGCUCUUGACCAUGAAAGACGUGUACAGAGCUUCGCCACCAGUGGCCUCCAGCGAUGUCAAGAAGAAUGACUCUGUCACCGCUGAGGCUGCCGCUCAAUCAGGCGCCUCUAAGGACGACCACGGUGAUGAGGAAAAUUUUGAACUCUUGAAGAAGAUUCAGGACAUCGAUGAUGAAAUUAAACGCUUAAAGGAGAAGUCUGAAUCGCUACAGAAGGAAAUGGACUGA